AUGACAGUUACAUAUGCGGCCUCCUCGGAAUCCACGCCGCAGCCGCGUUUUAGGCCAACGGUUAUCAUCCACGGCGGUGCGGGGAAUAUCGUACGCUCCAGGAUCCCUCCAGAGUUAUACGAAAGAUAUCGAGCGUCCCUAUUGAAAUACCUUCAUUCGACCGUUACUCUCCUCAACGGUGAGAAGGAAGAAGAAGAUGGGACCAAGAAGAAUAUUACGCCAUACUCUGCUAUUGACGCAGCCGUACAUGCAGUGUCAUUGCUAGAAGAUGACGAACUAUAUAACUGUGGACGGGGAAGCGUGUUUACGCUUACUGGCACUCAUGAGAUGGAAGCUUCUGUGAUGGUCUGCUCACUCCUCCCUGAAACUCAGGGUUGCGAAGAUGUAAAGCGGGCACUGAUUAAGCGUGGUGCCGGGGUCAUGAUGCUAAAAAACGUUCGCCAUCCAGUACAAUUAGCGAGGGAAGUCCUUCUGCGAAAUGACGUUGAAGGCCACAGGGGUAAUGGCGAGAGUAUGCAUUCUCACCUCUGUGGUCCGUAUGUGGAAUCCCUCGCGAAGGAAUGGGGGUUGGAAUCCAAACCCGACGAAUGGUUUUUUACGCAGAAACGAUGGGACGAGCAUAUGAAAGGACUAGGUAAAGGAGCUUCAAUUGACCAUGACACUUUGCCUAAAGCGGGAGAAGAUAUCUCGAAGUAUCUCAGUCAAGGAACGGUUGGAUGUGUAUGCCUUGACCAAUGGGGGAACAUUGCUGCUGCCACAAGCACAGGAGGGCUGACCAACAAACUGCCCGGGCGGAUUGGCGAUACCCCAACGCUUGGGACCGGAUACUGGGCUGAGGCCUGGGACGUUCCCAGCUCGUCAACUCGCCGGGCUCUCGGACUGUCUUGCACCGGCAACGGCGACUCGUUCGUCCGUGUAGCCGCUGCUCACUCGGCCGCCUCACUGUUGAAGCUGGGUGCAAAGAAUUCGCUUGCAGAUGCUAUUACUGCCAUUGCUGGACCUGGCGGAGAACUUCAGCGCUCAGCAGGCUCUAGGUGGGGAGUGACCGGAGAAGGUUCGGGGGGAAUCAUUGGCAUCGAAGCCGAAGUGCCACACGAUGCCGAGAAGCAUCAGAGCGAGGAGCCGAUUAAGGGAAAAGCAGUAUUUGACUUCAACCGUGGCGGCAUGCUUCGAGCCUGGACUGAGGAAGAUGCUGAUGGUGUCCUAAGGGAGAGAAUGAUGGCGUUCAGAGAUGAGUACUACUCUUAA